UGAAAUUUAUUUUUUUCUUUGCAAGCGACGACCUGAUACUUCAUGCUGUGUGACUGGGCGAUGUUGUCUGUUGGUAUGGAACUAGUUUGCUUGUCGUUGGCGUGCUCAAGGUCCACCAACUGCAAUUGCCCCGCGGUGCCUGCCCCCCUCUACGAACCAGUUAUCAACGUCAUCACGAAACUACAUACCAGUCCGGACCUGACCUAUAAUAGUCGGCGCCAGUAAUCAAGUCGAAUAUCAAUCCAACACUUAAAAUAACCCACCUACUGCGCCAUGCCCGCCCCAUCGGCUCUCGCCAUCGCGACCGGAUCUGUCCAGCGCUUGCUAAAAGAAGAGGCUUCGUACCACAAGGAACUUGCCGAUCAAGAGAAGCAAAUUAAGACCCUUGAGGAGCAGAUCAAGAGCGGAAAGGAUGAUGAGGAUGGAAAUGCUCCGUAUAUGUUGAAGCAACAGCAAACUGCUGCCGAACAGACUAGAGCCGUUUUUGGUCCUCUAAAGAAGAGAAUCGAAGACGCCGUGGCAAAACUACAAGAUCAGAUUACCGCAGCCGAUGAGACUGUGUCUCCGGGGGCAGAGCUCGACGCAGCAAAGGCGAUUCUUGCUCAGGCUACAGCUGCUUAAAUAGCCAUCAGGCCAGACGCUAGGCUUGGUUAAACAUGAUGAGAUUAAUAGCAGUAAGAGAGGAGAUGUUGAAAGAGAGUCGUUGUUCUUAACCUGCCGGGCAAGGGGUAUUAAAAUUCUAUUUGCUAUUGUACAAGAAAUAAACCCGAGGACGCCACACUAAAUACGCACGCGGGAGCCUAGUAAUCACCUAUUCAUCGACUUCCAUCUUCUCAGUAGCAGGAUGUGUCGUAACUUCAUCCGUCAUUUCAACGUCAUCAGCCUCCUGUUCUUCAUCAGCUUCUCCCUCAUCUGAUUCGUCCUCAUCGUUGUCGCCAUUCUUAAGGCCUGCAGGAGAAGCUUCUCUGCUGCCUGCGUGGCUAUUAUUUCUUGAUCUAGAAGCACUUGGGACGCUCAAGCGAUCUGGUUCACCAUCUUCGUUAUCCUUUGAAUCGUCCGGUUUAUCUGAAUCAGGUCGUGGAGUUGCACCGCCGCUUUGCUCGUUUCUUGGUGUUGGCGCUGCACGGUCCGGCUCACCAUCCUCAUCAGCGUCCUCGUUCAUUCCCUCUCUGCGGUCGACUUCUUCUUUUUCGUCUCGAAUUUGGCGGCGCAGCAUCAUGCCUUCUUCCAUGAUUCUGUUGAACUGUUCGCGACGCUCGCGCCAUGUAACACUGUAGGUUUCGCUCUCUCUUUCCAGCUCUUUGCAUUCUUCUUCCAACUUCGCUAAGCUGAGUAACUGGUCUUCACGUGGUCGCAGCAAUCGAUUUAACGUAAUUUUUUCAGCAAGUUCGUCGAAUUUCUUCCUUUGAGAAAGUGUCGCCAGUGCUCCGUCCAAGUGCUCACGCAGGUCCGCGUUCUUAUCACGCACCGUCUGACAUUCUUCUAAAAUGCGCUUCUUAUCUGUUUCGUAUCGUUGGCGUUCUCGUUCAUUCGCGUCAUGAAGAAAUUGGAGUCGUGCUAUAUUGCUGUCAAAUGCUGCGAAGUCGAACGUGAGGUCUUCUUGAAGCUCGCGAGUUGAGUUGCUUGCAGCUUGAUCAUUGGAACUUGUUGCGGUAGAUAGGCCGUUAAUUGCGGAGGAUAUCGAUGUUAGGCGUUUCGUAAUGCGCUUGAAUGGCUUUUCUUCAACGUUGAGCAGCCGUGACUUGUGAAGGUCUGACUCGCUUCGCUCAUCAAGCAGCCCCCAGCUAGCCAUACCGGAAGCUUGAUAUAUCGAUAUUGAAGCUGCUAUUGAAGUUUUUUAUGGUAUAUUCAAUUUGACGUCUCCAUAGGUUACUGGGAAAGUGCAAGCUUUGGCAGCAAACUUAUGUGGAGGGAUGCUGGCUGUG